AUGAUCGCGCAGCGGUCCGACGGCGGCGGCGGCGCGCUGGCGCUCGGCGACCAGAACCUGCCCUACGUCGUCUUCGAGACGAGCGUCGGCGACUUCGUCGUCGAGCUCUACUUCCAGCACGCGCCGGCGACGUGCAAGAACUUCCGGGAGCUCGCGCGCACGGGCUACUACGACCGGACGAUCUUCCACCGGGUGAUCCGCGGCUUCAUGGUCCAGGGCGGCGACCCCACGGGCACGGGCCGCGGCGGCGCGUCCAUCUACGGCGGCAAGUUCCGCGACGAGAUCACGCGCGAGCUCAAGCACGUCGGCGCGGGCGUGCUGAGCAUGGCGAACUCCGGCCCGAACACGAACGGCUCGCAGUUCUUCGUGACGCUCGCGCCGACGCCCUGGCUCGACGGCAAGCACGCGGUCUUCGGCCGCAUCGCCGCGGGCAUGGGCACGAUCAAGAAGUUCGGCAUGGUCCCCUGCGACGCGAACGACCGGCCCGAGACGACGAUCUCCGUCUUCAAGGCCUACUGCCAGGCGACGCCCGACAUGCCCAAGCAGUCCCAGGCCGCCAUCAUCGCCGCGCAACGGCCCUAA